CUCUUCUUCUGACUGUGCGUCACUUAUAGUGACGUAUCACGUGGUUUUACAGAGCUUUUUCCUAGUACCAUCCCCUGAAAUGCAUUAUUCCGAGCUAAAGGGAUCGUCUCUAUCCUCGAAAAUGCUGAUGGAGAGAGCCUUAUCUACAAGCAACCAGUUCAUAGAGGAAUUAAGUGGACAUGAGAGAUCAUCUUGAUUCUAUUCCAAAAGGAUUUUACAGUGGACCGCGCUUUCCCCCCAGAUGUGAACACUUAAACCGGAAUUUUCUCCAUGACAAACUUUCUAUGCUGAUUUUAUUGUUUGUUUUUAAAGCCAACUAAACUUAGUAGGCUAAACUGAAAUAAUAUUUUACGUUUUUACUAUUGACUAUCAACUGAAGUUUUUGAGCGGACUGAAUGGCCAUCACGGGACAUAACUGAAAAAAAGUUGAGACGGUUGAAAGUAAAACAAUAGACGUUUUCCGCGCGUCGCACUGGUGGGAACAGAUUGUACAACCGUGCGCGUUUCUAGAAAUGGAGAGUAUUUAUAAGACUUUGCUUAUUUUGAACUUUUUUUCGCAUCGGUACCCAUUGUACGUUUCAUUGGAAUACAAACUGACAUAGCGAGCAAAUCAUGAGUGUUAAGAAAGAUGGGUUGCAUUAUAAUUUCCUAUGCGUGAUGGACGAAUAACAACAGACAAUCAGCCUCUUUUACAGGGCCGUGGACAGUGAUAGUGAUGAUUUCAGCUGGUGGAGUGAUCACUGGCCACCUCGCUGCGCUGAAGAGGCAGGACUCUGCCCGCUCCCAGCACCACCUUCCCAUCCACUCUCCAGCUCCCAGGGAGGCCCAGGAAAAGAGGAGGGCAAAGCGUAAGCCCCGGGCCGACGUGGUGGUGGUCAGGGGAAAGAUUCGUCUCUACUCUGCCUCUGGGUUCUUCCUCAUCCUGGGUGUGUUGAUUCUGAUGGUGGGCAUUGCCAUGGCUGUGCUGGGCUACUGGCCCCACAAAGAGCCCCUAGGAGCAUCCAGCGCUAAGCUAUCUACCAAUGACACCCAUUUGACCCUGGAGCAGGGUGGUGUGCUGGCCCGGUUCCUUAAGCAGCACCUGCACUCGGACAAGAUGAAGAUGCUUGGCCCGUUCACCAUGGGUAUCGGAAUAUUUCUCUUCAUCUGCGCCAAUGCCAUCCUGCAUGAAAACAGGGACCGGGAGACCAAGGUGAUCCACAUGAGGGACAUGUACUCCACCGUCAUUGACAUCCACAGUCUUAGGAUCAAAGAGCACAAGUACAUGAAUGGGGCCUCCUCCGGCCCCUAUCGGGAACAGGAGCUCCGGACCUAUGAGAACCAGUGUGCGUCCAGGCUAGCUGCUAACACCCUGCUUGGGUUCCCCGGGAUGGGGAACGACGUGAGGGUGUCUCGCAGGGCCAGCUCUAUGGAAGACGAGGAUGGUCUCCUCAACGAGGCCAAAGGGGGGCACGGCCUCCUGCCUCCGAUCUACAGGGAGCGCUCUGGCUCAAUCUUCGGCCCUCGGCGCGGGGGCAGUCACGGCUGGGACGAGGAGUGUGGCCUCCCCAGGAGAUGCCAGACCCGGUCCAUUGUAUCGUCCUCCAUCAGUGCUUUCACCCUGCCCGUCAUCAAGCUAAACAACUGCGUGAUCGACGAGCCGGACGUGGACAGCAUCACAGAGGACCUGGAGCACACCAGGAUGAGAUCCGGGCCCCCGUCUAUGGAGUCCCUGUCCCUCACCGUGCCUGUACCGGCAGGCAUCGUCAAAACCUACAAACCCCCGGGUGUCACGCUCCUCAGGAGUAACUCAGCCACCGAGUCGCACUCCUCGUCCUCGCGCGGCUCUCUGUCCCCGGGCUCUGCCAGUGGGAGGCACCUGUCUCCUGGGGCUGACCGCCAGGACUUUGGGUCCAGCAGCUCCCUCCACAUGCGCUCCUCUCACUCCAAGUCUCUGGACUUGGACAGGGGGCCCAGAACCCUGACAGUGGAGCCAGAGCAGAGGAAACAUCCCAGUUGGCCCCGGCUGGACCGCAGCAACAGCAAAGGCUACAUGAAGCUUGAGAACAAGGAGGAUCCUAUGGACCGACUGCAGCUGCCCCAGACGGCAGUUAAACGAGAUUAUACCAAGAAAGAGAAACUGCUCAUGAUCUCCAGGUCUCACAAUAACCUCAGCUUUGAACACGAUGAGCAGUUUAUAAGCCAUGCUAUGAAACGUGGGAGCUCCGAGACUCGGUUUUAAAUAACUAACAAAGUCAAUGACCAAUGAGUAAACGGUUGGCAAAAACACAUUUACGACCAGGUUUCAGCAUUUGAGUCCAACUACUUGAGACCAAAAUCUAACAAUUGUGUUUGUAUGACAGUAUUAUUCUGCAGUAGUGGUCACAUCUCUUGCAGUUCUCUGUCAGAGUGUUGAAUAGGAUAUUGUUUGUAUGGUAACAUGUUGUUUUGGACUGGAGCGCUCAGGUAGUUUGCCUUUUUUCUUGGAAUGAGUCUAAAGACGAAUAGGUGUGUUACUUGUGGUUGAUAUAUUUGCAGCGCCAAUCAGUUUAUUGGAAGUGUUUAAAUUAGGUGAACUUGAGGCAGUGGGAACGAAUAUGAUAAACAUGUGGUUUGUUUUACUCUUCAUGUUUCUAUGGAAUACUACAGCAUCAUCCUUGCAUCAGUUACUGUCAUUUUGUAGAUGGCCAAUCUCUACGUGAAGAGGCACCAUUCACCCACGUUUAGUCAACACUUUCCAGUGGUGUCUGAGAUGUUGUGUGGGUAAACUAAACAUAUUACCCAGAGUUUAAUGUAAAGCAGAUCUAAACAUAUGCUUGUUAUAGUGCCACUGUGUGGUCGCUAUGAAUGUUCUUGCAUAAUGUCAGGAUUUGUUACAAUGCAAAUAUUUUGGACUGAUUUAUAUGCAUUUAUGUGCCAGAACACUCUGACAUGAAUGUUUGUUGGUGAAUAGUGGCCAUGGUGUUUUUGGAACAAUUCUGGAAAUUAUUGCAUUGAGCAUCCAUAGAUGGUUCUCUGCAGAUUGGUAAGAGGUAUCAGAGUAGCAUCUUAAGUGUUCUUUACAAAAUAAAAAAUGGCCGAAAAUCUAUAAUGGCCGACUUUA